AUGAAAAGAUUUAGCUCUAUUCGCAUUCAUUAUCGCCAAAGAUCAAAACCAACACUUUGUCGACAAGAACGGUUUCAUAUUUUAGUAGCACUUCAGAUGUCCGAGAUGCCGGAUUACAGCACAUGGACCAAAGAUGCAUUAAUCAAACGCAUAAAAGAAUAUGAAUCAGGUGCUAAUAUAAUCAAAUCUGCUCAUCUAAUUUCAAGUAGUUGUGAUCACCUUUCCAAAAGUGCUAAAAGGCAGAGAAGAGAAUUUGAUUUUUCCAAGUACAAUCAGCGAAGAAUAGCUCUGAAAUUUUCGUAUUUGGGGUGGAAUUAUCAUGGACUCGCCUAUCAAAAUAAUACAUCGAACGUCCCAACAGUAGAACUAUUUAUAUUGAAAGCUUUAGAGAAAACAAAGCUAAUCCGCAAUUUAAACCCGACUGACUGUGAUUUCAGCAGAUGUGGCAGGACUGACAAAGGUGUCAGUGCAAUGAAUCAGGUGAUUUCUUUGACUGUGAGGUCGACUUUGACCGAAGACGAGAUGGCAAAUCCACUCAACGACGCAAGAGAACUUGAUUAUGUUAAAAUCCUCAACAAAGUUCUCCCCGAAGAUAUAAGAAUCCAUUCCAUUUGCUUGAGACCACCAGAAGGAUUUGAUGCUAGGUUUUCCUGCCUUUCCAGACAUUACAAAUACUUCUUUGAGAAGGCAAAUUUAAACAUUGAGAUGAUGCAACAGGCAGCAUCUUAUUUUAUUGGUGAGCAUGAUUUCCGUAACUUCUGCAAGGUAGAUGGAUCCAAACAGAUUAUCAACUACAAACGGAAAAUCAUAUCCUCGUCGAUAGAAAAAACAGAUUUGGGACAAGAGACCUACGUUUUCAGUCUCAAGGGAUCAGCAUUUCUUUGGCAUCAAGUGAGAUCCAUGAUGUCCAUUCUGUUUUUGGUGGGCCAAGAACUGGAAAAACCUGAAAUAGUGAGAAAGCUCCUUGAUGUCGAACUCUUUCCAGGCCGUCCAAAUUAUGCAAUUGCCAGCCCUCUUCCUUUAGUCUUGUAUGACUGCGAAUUCGACAAUAGCGUUGUGUGGUUAAAGUGUUCUACCUCAGACAAAAUCCAGCUUGCAAAAUUUAGCCAGUUAUGGGUAGAUUUUAGAGCCAAAUUCACUAUUAUUACCACGAUGAGACAUGUUAUCGAACCAAGUGAAGAAAUGUCAAAACAUGGUUCGAAUACUUGCAGUGCGCCAAGGAAACAAUCCUACACACGGAUCGAACAGCUGGAGUGUCUUGAGACGCCAGACAAUAUCAAUAAAAGAUGGCUUCAAAAGAUGGCUCCUGAUAGUAAAUAA